GGCCCUGAAGCCCGAUCCUGGUAUGGCGAAGCCGCGUCCACGCCACUUCCUCACCACCCGCAGGACUGAGCGGUGCCGCCCGCACCUUCCCAGGCGCCUCCAGUGAAAGGCAAAACCUCUGAAGAUGUCUUCCAGUAGUGACCAGGUUGUUAUCCCAAUGCUACAAAGACACACCAAUGACCUCCCUGAGAUGAUCGCUGGUGACCAGGAGACAAUUACCCAAGGUGCUGUGUUGAGUUUUCAUAAUAUCUGCUAUCGAGUACAAGUGAAGAGUGGCUCUCUGCUCCAACAUAGAACAGUUGAGAAAGAAAUACUAUCAAAUAUCAGUGGAAUCAUGAAACCUGGUCUCAACGCCAUUAUGGUACCCAAAGGUCAAAACAAGUCUUUGUUGUUAAACAUUUUAGCUGCAAGGAAAGACCCAAGUGGAUUAUCUGGAGAUGUUUUGAUCAAUGGAGAACCUCGACCUGCCAAUUUCAAAUAUCAUUCAGGUUAUGUGGUUCAAAAUAAUGUCUUGAUGAACACCCUGACAGUGAGAGAAAAUUUGCAGUUCUCAGCAGCUCUUCGGCUUCCAACAACUAUGACAAAUCAUGAAAAAAAUGAGAGGAUCAACAAAGUCAUUGAGGAUUUAGAUCUAAAUGAAGUGGCUAAUUCCAAGGUUUUAUCUAGAGGAGAGAAAAAAAGGACCAGUAUAGCAAUGGAGCUGAUUGCUGAUCCUCCCGUCUUGUUCUUGGAUCGACCAACAACUGGUUUACAUAUAAGCACAGCAAAUACUGUACUUUUGCUCCUGAAAAGUGUAAAUUCCAAGAGGCAAGGACAUUCCACUACACCAGCCUUCAGGAUUUCUGAGCAGGGACCAACAAUCAUCUUUACCAUUAAUCACCCUCGGUAUUCCAUCUUCAAGCUCUUUGACAGCCUCACCUUAUUGGCCUCAGGAAAACUAAUGUACCAGGGUCCUGCACAGAAGGCUUUGGAGUACUUUACAUCAGCAGGUUAUCCCUGUGAGCUGUACAGCAGCCCUGCAGUCUUCUUUUUGGAGAUUAUUAAUGGAGAAUUUUCUGCUAUGGUAUUAAACAGAGAGGAAGAAGGGCGUGAAGUCAGCGAGACUGAAGAGCUUUCCAAGGGGAAAAUACCAGUCAUAGAAACAUUAGUUGAGUUUUACCUCAACUCCUCCAUCUACAGAGAAACAAAAGCUGAGUUAGACCAACUCUCAGGUGGUCAGAAGAAGAGGAGUUCAGCCUUUAAGGAGACCACAUAUAUCACCUCCUUUUAUCAUCAGUUCAGAUGGAUUGUCUGGCGUUUUUUCAAGAACUUGCUGAGUGAUCCUGAAGAAAACAUAUUUCAGAUAACUGUGGCAGUCAUUCUGGGAGUGGUCAUAGGUGCAUUUUUCCUGGCACUAAAACAUGAUUGUACUGACGUCUACCAUAGAGCCCGGGCACUCUGUACACUGACUAUCUUCCAGAGUUUGGCCGGCCUGUUAGGAGGAAAGAGUGUUGAACUGGAGAAGCUCUUUAGACAAGAGCUUAUUAGUAGAUGGUAUGAAGUGUCAUCUUACUUCUUUGGAAAACUGGUAUCUGAUUUACUACCCAGGAGUUUGCUGCCAAUUAUAUGUACUUGUGUAGCAUACUUCUUGAUAGGAUUGAAACUGGAGGCAGAAGCUUUCUCAAUCACGGUGCUUACUGUUUUGAUGGUGUACUAUUCAACUGCUUCCCUGCUAUUGGCUAUAGGUUCAUAUCAACGUUUGUUCAUAGCAGCAGUUUUAAGUACCUAUUAUCUGUUAAUGCUGGGUUUAUUGGGUAUAUUGCUGACUUUCACUCCUCUUCCACCUUGGCUAUCAUGGCUUGAGUACUUCAGUAUCCCUCACUAUGGCUAUUUGGCUUUGCAACACAAUGAAUUUUGGGGACGAAACUACUGUCCAGAACUCAAUACAACAGAAAGCAGUAGCUGUUCCAAUUAUGUGAUAUGUACUGGUGAAGAAUUCUUGACAAACCAGGGCAUCGAUCUCUCACCUUGGAGUUUAUGGAAGAAUCAUGUGGCUUUGGCUUUUAUGAUGAUAAUUUUCCUCACAAUUUCCUACCUAAAAUUGUUAUUUCUUAAAAGAAGUUAUUAAACUCACCUUUAAUAUAC